AUGGCUGCGCGCCGACGCGUACCUCCCCCAUCUCUCGUAUGCAACUCUCGCUCGACACUGGCGACCCAAUUCCAACCGGAUGUCGACGCUCUACUCAAGCGUCUGAGGACAUGUACGCGCAGACUGCGGGUCGUUCUCGCCAGCCAUCGGACCGAGCUCCAAGUCUUGGAGAGAUUGUACUACAAGGGCAAGAACCAACAUCGGACUGCACUUUUUUGGCAACGCGUAGCGGAGAUGAGGAGAUAUGGGGGACGUGUAGAGGAGAUGCACUUAUGGGAUGUGGUGGAGAGUCUGAGGCUGUCGUUCUGGGGAGAAGCAUCGGAAAGGACGAGCAAACUCCUGAAAGGUCCGUGGACGAAGUACCCCGACGCAUCCUCAAUUUUAUAUGUUUUAGAGAGGUGUAGCUCUUGCUGCACCCUCAUAGACAAGACACAAGAACGUUUGCUUUCUGUAUAUCAAGCGUUCAACCUCAUGAUGCAAACGAGCGCGUUUCUGCAACUCAUUGUGACACUUAGUGCCAUAGCGUCUCGCUUGAGCACGCUUCUCUUAGAGGCGAGGGGUGCCCUCGAUAUAGCGUGGUCUGCAGCAUACUGUGCGUUGCAAGUGCUUCAUCCCUCUGACUUGUCCAAAGUAGUAAGACCGUUGCAGACGGCGGAACUGCAGAGCAUUCCUGCGUCGACAGCGCCGUCGGCCAUGGUAUCUUCUCAUCCUAGUCAAGCCCCGACACCUCGGUACAUUCCUGAAGAAGACCUUGGGGAUACAGUCGCUCGCCAUCCUCAAACAAUCUCGGAUUCAACAGGGACAGUCACUCUCAACACGGUGCAACGUUCAUCUACACCAGGGGAGCAAGCAGCUACUCCUCAUAUGACAUUCACACUUUCUAGUGAGCUCGAAGCCAGCGUCUCAGGUAGCUGCAUACAGUUCAAGCAUGUUGCGCAAGAGGUCACUGCGCAUGCGCGGGUCUCUUCACCGCCCCCGAUCAAGCCGCCCAAACGCAAAAAAGAUGCACCGGAUCGUGGCAAUACCGUAAAGAAAAAGAAGAAACGAGACGAGAUAGAUGAUAUAUUCGGCUUUUGA